UCAUUUCAUACAUUCAAGAUGGGUGACUCGAUGACUCUGCUAUAUGUUGCAAUAUAAUUUCAUAAUACUCAGUGUAGUCCAUUUAUAUUGUGUUAUAACUUGAGUUUUUAAGUGAUUGUAAACAUAACAGUUCUUUAAAUAAGUUAUUUUAAAAAUGUUGAUAGUAGUAUGUUAAUACUAAUAAUAUAUCAAUGAAAAAGUUGAUAUUAUUUACCUAGAAAAUCAGUCUCAAAGCUGACAUAGACUGCAAUGACAGAACUUUAUGUUUAAAAGUAUUGAGGGUUAUAUUUGAUGUCAUUAAAAUAUUCACAAGUUGUUGAUACAUCAAAGCUUUCUUUUAGAAAUGUAGAUGGAAAGAAACUAGGAUUAAGCGAAGGCUGUUCAAGCCCAAACUUUGAAUCCUAUGGUGUUAUAAAGUUUAUAUUACACAACGAUGAACCAGUAAAUGUUAUUACCAGCAGCUUAUUACUUUUCUGUAUAACAUUAGUGUUGUGGAUUAUAUUUGAUAGCUUUGUACCUUCUCUUCUAUCUACUUUUACUUUGGUAUUAUAUUGCAAAUAUUACCUUACUUCUACAAAGAAAGAUAUAUUAUUAAUAGUGCCAUCAAUCGGAAUACAUAUUACUAUAGAGAAAACAUUUGCUGGUUUUAAUUCAUAUACAUUUUUACCUUGGGAUACAAUAGAAGAUUUAUUUAUCAAUGAAGUUAUUAUAAGAUGAAAGAAUCAAUCAAUGGUAGAGAUCAAAUAAGAUUAGUUCCUUUGUUCCAAGAUCUUUUACCUGAGAGAAAAUGCCUGGAGUACAUAUACACAAAAUUAGCGAAUUUGAUUGGCUUGAACAACAGGAAGGAUCUACAUUAACUAUACCUGGGUCUUAUUGGCUAUGUCAUAAAAACAAUGUUUAUAAGUUUACUUUCAAAUAUCAUCGUACAAUUAGAAAUUCUAAGAAAUUCACCUAUGGAAAAGAAUUAAUGAAAGUGAUCAGAAGAAUUAUAAAAAGUCAACCACCUCAAGGGCAACAGUUUUGUACGAAGCAUAUUCUUGUGACAUAUAAUCAUACACCAUGGACACGUCAAGAUAAAAUGUUUGCUAUUCUUAAAUUUCGGAAACACACAAAAGCUGUUACAGUUUCACGAGCGAUUGUACUUACUGUAAAAAUUUGUAAAGAUGAAAGCUAUAUGCCACAUGCUAUGGUUAUUUACCCAGAAACUGAAUCAAAAACAAUUAAAUCUUUGAACUAUACUAACAAAGAUAAUGAAAGAAAAAAUAUAGGAAGUGAAUGUAAAGUAGACACAGAAACUUCAAAUGUUAAUGAAUUACGAAUUAAUACUACAGAUACAAAUAAGCAUAUAAAUAAUUUAGAUUUACAUUAUGGUCCAAGUAAUUUGAUUUUAUCAAGUGUAAACAAUGAAAACACAACAGAUAAAGCCAAUAUAAUAAAAUGUAAUAAGAAGACUUCAUCAAAUGUUUCUUUAAUAAAUGAAUCUGUAAAUACAGAAGACAAAGAUACAUAUAAAAGCAAAAACUGUUUGAUAUCAUUUGAGGAAAAAGAAACGGAAAAAAAGGAAUAUCAAAAUAAUAUAGAAAAAUCUUUUUUAUCAAAUCAGAUCGAAUUUCAAGAAAUAAUGCGAUGCGAAGAAAUUGAAUUACCACAAAUGAAGAAUAACUCAACCAAUAACACAAUAAAUUCAAAUGAUGAAGGUAUUAUAGAUACUGCAAAUUUACCAUAUCAAUAUCUCAUUGAAGAAGAAAUAGAAAACGCAAAAAAGAAAGUUGUUCGUAUUUCUUUGUUAAAUAUUAAUAAAUCAAUUUCAAUAAAUACAAAUCAAGAAUUGAAUGCAGAUUCUACAAGCAAAUCUGAAAAUAGUCAUAUUAAAAAAGUAGUGAAAGAAAACAAAGAAAAUGAUAAAAAUUAUAAAAAACAUGAAGUUUCUGAACCAGCACAAACUAAUGAGGAGCAAUGUACAAAGCAUCUUUCAGUAAGUUCAAAAGAAUGGGUAAAUGAUCAUGAUAAAGCAAAUAAAGAUCAUAGCAAAUCUAAAAAAAUUAAAGAAUUGGACAAAAAAAUUGAUGAUAAUACAUUAAAGUCUUCUAAUAUUACUGAUUUAAUAAUGAAAGGCCGUAUGUUUAUGAUUCAACAGGAUCAAGACAUUGUAUCAGUUGUAGAACAAAAAACAAAAUCAGAUAUAGAUGAAGUUUUAGAAAAUUCAGAAAAAUUCGAGACUAAGGAUGGAGAGAAAUGUUUAUUAAAUUCUAGUUUGCUGAAAUUGGAAAAUUUAAUAACAAUGAUUGAAGUGCCAAAAGAAAAUAUUAAGAGUAAUUAUGAGAAUAAAAUUGCAAUAAAAAAUAAUGUAUCCUCAAAAUCAAUAGUCAUAAAAAAAGAUUCCACUAAUGAUGAGCAUAUAAAAACACCAAUAAAUGUGAUGGAUCAGUCCACGUUUAUGUUUAAUUCACAAGAUAUUGCUGCAUCAAGCAAAUCAUUUAUUCAUAAUGAAGAAUAUGAAUCAAACAUGAAAAAUAUUAUUAUAUGCGAUGUAACAACAAAAUGUGAAGAAAAUGUAUUAGAAAAUAUUGAAGGUGAAGAAAAUAAUAUUACUUCGGAGAUACAACAUUGGAAUAAUGAAUCUACAAAUCUUUUUAAAGAAACAUCAAAUUCUUGUAAAAAACUUGAUAUAAAAGAUAAUCUAAUAACAAAUGUUGAACAUGCUCUCACAGUUUCAGAACAUCAUAUAAAUAGUAGCAAAUCUAAAGUUGUAGAAGCUACUAAUAAUUGUAAUAUUACUUCAAAUAAUGUUUCUAAUGUUCCAAAAAUAAUUUCAAGUCAAAUUAUAACAAUAGAUCAAAUGCCAUUAGCAUUACAAAAUAUUGUCAAAAAAAAAUUAUCGAGACGUAAUAUAUCUAUAGAUCAUAAAUCAAAUCUACAAGAUACUUCAUCACAUAUUACAAAAUUAACAUCAUCUAAUAAGUCAGCAGUAAUAGAUGUAACGAGUAGAGUAAAAUCUUUGGAUACUAAAUUGUCUAAUGUCAACAACUGUUUGACUGCAUCACCUGAUAAUACUGUGACAAAAUAUGAUAAUGCAUCACUUGUAUGUUCAAAUAUUGAAGUUACAGAAGAAACAGAAAUAUCAUGUAAAAAAAGAAAGAAAUCAAAUAAUUAUGAUGCAAAGAAUCAAACUACUGAAACAGAAAAUAAUAAAACGUUACCAUCUACUCAAGACAAAAUAUAUUCUGUAACAGACAGUAUAAAAGAGAGAUAUAGAAAAAGAAAAAAACAACAAAAUUAUAAAUACAAUACAAAAAUGAAAGUAAACAUGAUGAAAAUGCCAACUCGUAUAUCUAACAUAGUUAAAACAAAAAAUUCUACUAUAUCAAACAAAUUACAAGAUAUUACAGAAGAAUUUUAUCAGGAUUUAAUACAAAAUAGUAAACAUAGUAGUAAUACUUUUAAUCAAAAAACUUUGAGGCAUACAAGAAGAUCAUUGUAUUUACAAACGGAUAUAAAAAAUGAGGAUACACGCAUAAAGAUGUUAAAGUUUAUAGAAGAUAUUACAAGAGGUGUUAAAGUUGUUGUAAAACGUAUGAGUAUAAAAAAUAUUACCAGUAUUUUAGGAAGUAAUUCCUCCUUAGCCUACAUAAAUUAA